AUGAAAGCCCCGAAGAGGACACCAUGGUCAUCACGAUCAGAGCUUGAAGAGCUGUACGAGAUGCUGUUCGCACCUAAUUCGGAUGUCCAUUCCAGGCGUAGAGGACUAGCUAGAAUGAGCAUAUACAUCUCUUCCCCCUCUUGUCCCACUUUCAUUCACCUCUUACAUUCCUUGGUAUCCGUCGAACUGUUACCUUACCCACCAAAAUGCGUGGAAGAAUCACAGAGAUCGAGGAUGAUGAUUGGUAUGGCUAUUGUGCGAUUUGUCAACGGUUUAGUUGAUCCUCUACAGAAUGGUCCCUACGCCCGUCCAAUAUCCCAUCUCGCCUCAUCGCUCUCCAUCCCCCCAUCCCUCAUUGCCCUACGACAUCGAGCGACCCAUGAGGAUCUUCCUCCUUUGGCUCUUUUACACCAGUCUCUCCUAUCUUGCAUAUCAUACUUACAUUACUACUCAUUCCUUCCUCUUCUCUCUUCAUCCUCGACAUCAGCGUCUUUACCUCCGGGAGUACUAGAACGGAUGAAAGAGGACGAACGAAGAGUAGAAGGGUUGAUCAAAAGGUGGAAGAAAGUUAUCAAAUUCAGGUUGAGGGAGAAGGAAGUAAGGGAACAAGAUCAAUCUGCGUUGGAAUUGAAUAAGAUCAAAGGGUCGUUACAGAAUCAUCAACUGGGGAUAAUAGUGAAUGUGUUGGUUGGUGAAGGGGGUCUGGUACCUUCGUCCAUACAGAAGAGAGCCCCUCUUACAUCUAUCAUACCGACAACACCGUCAUUGAAAAUCUGGUUACCCCUUCUUCAACACUUACAACAAACUUCCCAUCCAGAUUUACCUUCUCAGCUAUCUUCGAAAAUACUGGAUAUCCUAUUGAAUCCCAAUUUUCAGGAUCCGAAUCAAGGACAAGUCAAUGGCUUUGCUGGUCAUGGGAGUGCAGUCGACGUGAACAUGAAAGAGAAGCAGAAUGAUCAACGGAGUUUCAGAUGGAACUUGACCAUAUGGUGCAUUUGGUUAUGGAAAAAUGAAGAGGACGGUGAAGAAGCAUUGCGAUUGCUGGAAGAAGAGAAAAAUGAAUUAGUAAAGAGGUUAUUAGCUUCGAUGUUGGAAUUACAUGAUGAUGUAGUUGUACGUCGUUUGUUCAAGGUACUUUCGGACAAUGGUAUACACUCAAAUAUCAAUGGGAUGAACGAUUUCUUACCCGAGGUUGAAAUGGAAGAAGAAGAAGAUGGUCUGAAAGGAUUAGAAAUAGGAAUGGACUUGGAUGACAACAACCCGUCGAUGGACGAUGCAAAUAUGGAAAAGAUGGAAGAAAGGUUGAACGAAUUCGAGAGUUUAAUUGAAAACCGAAGACGAACUGCAGCUCCAACGAUUACGAAACCCGACGUCAAUACAUCGAUGACGGACAAGGAUUCUGCGACUCCAUUGUCGACAUUGCCCGCAGGAUGGCGUAAAUUAUCGUAUCAGGAAUGGAAACCCUGCCCAAUAGGUCUGAGCGGCAUCCCAUGA